AUGGCUGACGCCUUUCUAGAGUUAAUCAAAGCUCGUCGAACUACCUAUGCGAUUCAGGCAAAGUCCCCCAUCUCCGACGAACGAAUUCAGCAAAUUGCGAGCGACGUCAUUAAGCACACACCAAGUUCCUUCAACUGCCAGUCGACGCGAUACGUGAUCCUCCUGCGUGGCGACCAUGUCAGAUUCUGGAAGAUAGCAAAAGAAUGUUUCCGAGCUGCACUCUCUCAGAACGAGUAUCAAACCUACAAAGAGAAAUUAGACAGCCGUCAGGCGGGGUACGGAACAAUCCUGCUGUUCGAAGACCUUGAUACCAUCCGAGAGUACCAGAAGAAAUUCCCACGAUUCGUAUGGCAUCUUCAAUCGUUCUCUGAGCACAAUAACGCCAUGUCAGCGUUCAACCUGUGGACCGCUCUCCAUCUUGAGGGACUCGGUUGCAACCUGCAGCAUGUCAAUCCAACAGUUGAUCAAAGGGUAGUGGAAGAGUGGAAUGUUCCAGACAGCUGGUCUCUCAAAGCACAGCUAGUAUUUGGUAGUCCCACAGGCGGACAUGAACAUAAAAAGACCUUCAAGCCUGCAGAAGAACGCAUCUUGGUUCCCAGGGUUGAUCGACCAGAUCCGAACGUCAAAAAUUCUGAAGCAGUCGUUGCGUAA